CUCUUGCAGAGCUCCCUGUGAUGUCUGAUGGCAACAGGAGAAUUUACGACACAUUUUAAUUUACAACGUGCAUUUGAACCCCGUGACCGGUGGCCGGAGCGUGUGCCGGGGCAGGCGGGGGGCUCGCUGGGCUGGCAGGAGCCGCUGUCACAGCUUGUGCUUCCUCCCUCCGCCUCGGCGCUCACCGGCUCAGCGAUCACAUGAGCCCCUUGUUCCGAGCCUUUGUCUCUCAUCUCCUACGGCGAGGAGCUGCGUUUUGGGAAGCUUCUGCAACCUCUGCCCGUAGACCACGCAGAGAUGCUCAAAUAGGAUUAUUUGUCCCAUUUACCCUCCUGGGGUGGGUUCGGAAAAGUCUUCUGUGCUUGGCGAUAUGUAUAAACCCCCUGGUUCGUUUGGGGGGGUGGGGAUGAGCUGUAUUAAUUAUUAACUGUAUCAGCACCCAAGGCUGCUCUGGGUGACCAGUAGCUGCAAACCCUCCUGCUCACCCUCGUUGCUGUCAGCUCCCCAAAAAGAAUUUUUCUGGGGUCCUUGUUCACCGCAGGGGCCCGAGCACAGGAGUUUGGUGCCGGCGGGUUCUCAGUGAGACUGAACCUGCAGAAAAACCUUGCAAAAAGCAACACCAGAUUUUCAGUGGCUCUGGGAUUUGGGGUUCCAGGGCAGGUUUUGCACUGGCACAGGGGGUGUCACAUCUCCUGUGGCCACUGUGGGGACAAUGGCAGGUCAGUGGCGCCUGGGCCGGAGCAUCGCGCUCAGGGAUGCAGAACGGAGGGUCCUGGGGAAUGGAGGGAAGUGUUGGGCGCCAUCCCACGGGAGGUGACAGGUGACAGCAAAAUGAUAGAGGUGCCACCAGCUCCCUGAAAACCAGGGCCUGGGCCGAGCAGACUGCGAUGCUGCCGUGCUGCUGCCGUGUCCGAAAACGCACCCACGUUGGUCGGCUUCGCUCCGGCGGGACGCUGCGGGGGGGGAGAUGGGGGCAGGCUGCAGUGAGCUCUGCCUGCAUCCGUCCCGCCUGCCCUCUCCGGACCUGCCCGUUAGCAUCUGCUCCAGAGGCAUUUUCCCAGCUUUUCCAGUGAAAAAAAAACAGCUUAAAAGCUGUCACUGGGGGGUCUCCUGCAACUGGGAAAUGGAGAGGGGCAUCAACCAGCGCAUCCGUGAGGGAGAGGAGGGAGGUGUCAGCAUGAGCUGUAACAUCCGAAUGUGCAGCGGGGUUUGACCCUGGAGCACGGGGAGAUCCCUGCCCUGAGAGCGGACAGACCUACCACAAUGUUGCCGAGGAAAUAAUUUUCUGAUUUCUUGAAAAAAAUUGCCAGUGCUCCAGCUGAGCUCUUGGUGCAGAGGAUGCUCCUUACGUCGGAGACCGUCGGUCCCCAGGGGACUGUCUGCGGGCCCUGGGGACAGGCGGUGACAUGGAGGGUUGAUGCAGAGUUGGCGUUUCCAGCCGGGAAGUGGGGACCUGGGAGAGGUUCCCUACAGACUCAAGGACUCGUGCUACCAGCAAAUGCUCCGGCAGCACCGAAGCUCCGCUGCUUCAGGGAUGGCCACGAAAACGUGGCCGUGCCACACGGACGAUGCACAAGGGGCUGAGCAGGGAGACGUAGCCCUGCCUCGACCCUUCUAACGCUUUCUUCCUCAACAGAAAAUUAGUGAGACCUGUGUUCCCAUCAAAAACCGCAUUCCCCCCUCCUGAUAAAACAAAGCUGCUGGGAACUUUCUGCGUGGCGUUUGCCUCCCCCAGGCUGUGCCGCUUUGGGCAGACCCCAGCAACCCAACCCCUCCAGCCAGGGCUGAAUUCCCCCUCCCAGGCUCCACCAGCCCCUGGCCCUGCCCCAGACCCCCGCUCGGGGGCUGACCCACCCUCCAGCCAGUCCCAGCUACGGGAAAACAACAACAAAAAACCCCAAUGCAACCCCCAAACAAAGCCACAAGCCUGGGGGCAGAUGGAGAAAUAAUCCGGCCUGGAUUUGCCCCCUCCUCUGAUUUCUUGCCUGAUGGGCUGCGAUCCCAGCGCCACCCGUUGCUGCAGUAGCAGCUGCUGAGCUAAAGCCGGGCUCAGAACUAAAGCCGGGCUCAGUGCGACCGGCUGGGAGCCGUGCUGGGGCAGAAAACCUGGGAAAAUGCCUCGAACAGAAACUAACGGGCAGGUCUGGCAAGACCAGGAGGGGUGGGUGGAUGCAGGUGGGCCUUGUUGAACCCAGCUGGGCCCAUCCCUGGGGAGAUUCCACGGGGACGUUUGGGCGUCACGGAGCUCUUGGGCAAAAACUCACCCUCUAACCAGCUGCAGAUGUGCAUGCUGCAGCCACUCCACAGCCCUCUCACGGAUUAUUUUUGUUAUUAUCCUCAUUUUAUUCUUAACUUUGACGUUAAGACGCUACUGAGGAAUCUCCUGAAAUGAGGGACUUCUCAGAUGCUUUUUGCUCUGAGUUGGUGUUUGGCUUUUGCACGUCGCAGCCUCGUGCCGAGGCUCUGUGAGGCCGAGCUGAUUUAAUUUUGGGGACCACCUGAUGCAGCGCACGUGAAGGAACUGUCCCCACGCGCCCAUCGGCAUCGAGCCCUGCUGCCGAUGCUCCCGGUCAUGCAACGGGACCUGCUGCUUCUCCUGGCUGGAAAAUCCUUUGAAACUGCGGGUGGGGGCAGGCGGGGGGAGCAUCUAGAGAGACCCCGGCCCCAGCCAGGAGCGAGAGAGGCUGGAGCCGCUCCUGCAGUCGCUGCUUCCCGGCGCCUUGGCGAGGAGGGGUCCUGUGGGUUUGUGGUGGGGAUUUUUGCCGGUAGAUGCUGUCGGCUGGACCUUGCCACAGAGCAGGAGUCUGGCGAUGUGUGGGAUGGAAGCUGGGAGGGGGGCGGGAACUUUUCGGAGGUUUUGUGGGCCACCCCUGGGGUGGGAGAAGUGGGAAGGGAAGGUUCUGGCUUCAAAAAAACCUGCCUGCUGCUCCCCAUGGGGGGCCACGCACAAACCCCCCAGGGUGAAGGGCUGCCUUUGCAGCGUGUCCCCCCCCACACACACAGGGAUGCUGCAAAGCCCCUCUCAAGGUGGGAUCUCCUGCCCGCUUGGCCCUGGAGGUCCCCGGCUGGGAGGGUGAGUCCCACUGCCACAGGGCACCGAGGAGGAGGAGGAGGAGGAGGAGGAGGAGGAGGAAGCAGUUGCCAUCGCUCCGUGCCGGGGUUUAACGUCUCGCCCUUGCGCUCGGUGUAGCAUCGCCGGGAGAAGCCGCCGUCGGCAGCGCAGACCUCGCCCCGUGCCCACCACUGGCCAGGCCAUGAAGACAGAGAAGGACGAGGCUGUGCCCACCUUCUCCCUGGGGGGUAAAUACACCGGAGAGGGGGCAGGUUGCAGCGAAGCAGCUCUGCCCGGCGGCCCGAUGCUGGUGCCGGGGAGCGGAGGGACCUCAGCCCAGGACCUGCGGCCGCUGAAGCGCAGACCUGUCCCAGGGAAGCACUACCAGUGCUCAAGUUACGGCUGCAAACUGGCCUUCCCCAGCAUGCAGGAGCUGAUGGACCACCUGAAGGUCCACUACAGACCCACGCAGUCCCUCGAGGGCAAAACCUUCCAGUGCCCAACGCUGGGCUGCACAGAGACCUUCCCCAGCAUGCAGGACCUCAUGGCCCACAUGAAGGUGCACUACAAGCCCAACCGCUACUUCAAGUGUGAGAACUGCAUGCUGCGCUUCCGGACACACCGCUCGCUCUUCAAGCACCUGCACGUCUGCUCCGACAGCACCAGCACCCCCGCGCCGCCCCCCAAAGCUGACAAGCCCGUCCUGCCUGCUACCUCUGCCCUGGAGAAGGAGCCCCCGGCCAAGCCACCCGAGGGGCUUCCCAAACUCCCGAGCGUUAUCCGGCCCCUGGAGAAAGAAGCCAUCCUGCCCGGCGCGGACUCUGCCCCGGCGGUCCUGUGGGGGGGCUUCGCCUUCCCACCUCCCCUGCCUGCAGCCCCCCCUCGCUAA